AUGGGUGUUGAGACCAGUCCGUUCCUCGCCCCACAGGAGCUGCCUUCCUAUGAGUCGGCGGCCAUGAAGAACCUUACUACCCUAGAGGGCCAUGGUUACUCGACUCCUCUCAGCACGGUCUUCAACAUCGUUAACACAAUGGUUGGCCUUGGAAUGUUCGCGCUGCCCUAUGUUUUCGGGGUUGUUGGUUACCUCACAGGAUCCAUCAUUUUCAUAGGAGCCGUCCUGGCCUCCUACCUCUCAGCGUACGUCCUUACGAUGGUUUUGUCGGGCUAUCUGGAGGAGUACAGCUACUACGCUCUAGCCACUCGCCUCUUCAAGGGCCGCACCAUGUCUCUGGCCAUCGACAUUGUCCUGGCGGUUGUGCUUUUUGGGGUAAUCUUGGGAACACUUUCACAUUCUGGCCGGAAGUCUCUGCACGGUGUGAGGUUCGCCUCCUACACCGGUGUUGGCCUUAUGUUACUUAUAUGGGUAUCAGUAGUCUUCACGGUUAUCUUCAACCCGCUCGAUUCCGUGGAUGUGGAGCCUGUACCACUGGAGGUGGAUACCACAAGGUCGUGGGUUCCAUUCUCGCAGGCAGCAUCAGCUGGCGUGUUCUCUUUCAUCAUGCACAUCAAUCUGCCAUGCCUACACGGUGAGCUGAAGCCCAUUGAUCGACCUAAGAUGCCCCUUUUAUUGGCCAUCGCCCUCGCGUGGGCGUUCGUGAUGUACAUCAUCUUUGCGGUUUGCGCUUCUUGUAGUCCUCUGUUCUACUAUGGGAGGGUUCCUGACCUUCUAAUGGCCUUACCACGGACGCUACUUUUCGACACGUGUCGUGUCCUCAUUGUCGUCGUGAAUAUCACCAAGACGCCGCUUUUGCUCCAUCCAUUGCGACAGAUCGUUGAUACGAGGUUGAACGUUCCGGAGCAACUCAACUGGCUGGCCACAUCUGCUAUUAUUAUCAUUUCUUAUUGUCUUUUCCUCUGGUUCAAUUCCCUGGUUGAAGCUGUAUCCAUCAUUUCUGCUAUAUGUUCCAUUCUCACGGUCCAGUGGUUUCCAGCUAUCUGCAUGUGGGCAUCAGCUAAGUUGGAUGCCACGCGCAAGAGAGAACCACUGCUCCCACGGAGAUCGGACUACCAUACGUGUAUAUGGUCGAUAAAGACCCGACGCAUAGUGGCGAUAAUUCUGGGUCUUCUAGGAGUGUUAGUAGGAGUACUUACUGGCCCUUCUAUCAUCUAUCUUGUGACGAAGUAA